UUCAAAAAAUACUUUGGAAAACAAUGCUGGGGAGAGUAUGAGCUUCAGAUUACACAUUGGUUUCAAUCAGGAGGAUCUGAGCCUCAGUGGUGUUUUCUGUAAAAUGGGUAUAAAAGUGCCUCACCACAGGGUUGCUGUGAAGAGGUAAGGAUGAUGAUGGGGACAACAGCAGCGCAAAUAGAUCAUUUUACUUAACUCUCGUUAAAGCAGGGAUCAUCCUGUUGGCAGAUACAGACAGGGAGGGACAGAGAGGUUAAUUAAGCAAGCUGCCUGCCCACAGUCACAUGGCCAGAAGCCGUGAACGACUUCCUUCAGGUGGUCUAAGUCCAGGUCCCAGCUCUUAGCCAUCACUCCAUGGUUCUGUGCUGAGACAAGGGAUGUAGAAAGCCUAGCACAGUGCCUGUUACAUAGUAGGUACUUAGUAAGUUAGAGUUCCUUUUUAUCUGCAGAAUGCGUUUCCAAGUAUAGCCUCCCACAGUGCUUUUACUUUAAUCUUUCCCCUAACUGGGCAAAAAAAUGUUUGCUGCCGUGUGCGACUUGCCUAGCUAUCGACUUCUCUUUUUUCUCCCUCUCUCCUAUGAUUCAUCAUAGACUGUGGAUUGAGGCUCAGCAUAGAUUGAAGGGCAGGGGCUGGAGGAGAAAGAUGAGCUGAAAAAUGGUAGGCCCGAGAUGUGAAGGACUUGACGGUAGGGUGAAAGAUGGGAAUGGGAAGUUAGAGUUGGAGGACCUUGGGGCAAGACUUUUCCCUCUGGGUUUGUUCUUUCCUUCCAGUGCCGUUUAUGGAGCGCCUACUGUGUCCACCAUUCUAGCCACGGGGCACAGACAAGGUCUCUAUUCUCAUGGAGCGCACAGUGUGGUUGGAGGAGUCAGUGAUGGAUGGAGAGUGAGGGCUGUUGGUUUCCAUGGCUGCUUGGAGAAGGACUUGCCAAGGAGGUGGCGUUUUGGGCAGGCCAUGAAAAGGUCUGGGCAGAGUGUGUUUGUGGGAGGGAGUAAAUAUGUAAAGGCUCUAGGGGAGAAUCAGUUUCGAGAAUGUGAGUGGGCAGUGAGACCAGAGGGGCUGGUGGGUUGUGGUUGGGUUUGAAUUUUAUUCUAAGUGUCAUGGAAAGUAGGAGGAUGGUUUUUUCCACCGGGGUCCUUUUUGAUUAUUUUAUUCUUUGUGACAAUCCUACUUAAAAAAAAAAAAAAUUCUAUUCACCAAAAAGAUGUGUUUAUGAAACAAUAGAGUGUACAACCUUCAAUCACUUUAGGUUUUUAAAGUAUAGGGAAAUAAUUAUGGAUCACAAUGAAUAUCCUUGAGGGCUGCUGCCUUCCCCAGCUGACACUGUCAGCUAAACCUUUAAGGCCUCUUGUGUGCCAAACACUAAUUCUUCCCAAAGCUGCUUGACAUGUGAUUAAAAAAUUUUACUGCCACCUACUGAUAGAAAAAGAUGAAUUUUUGUACAGUGAAAAUCCCAAACCCAGUGGAUUUCUUCUGCUGCACAUCUGGUUUCCACUGUGCUGUCAGGACUGGGAAGUGGGUGUGGGGAAGGGGUGUGCUGGUCUUGUUACCUCCCCCCCCCCACCCACCCAACUGCCCUUUUUUGGCCCCAACAAUCUGGUGUCUGCUUCUGUGUCCUUCUGCUUCAACUCAUCACACAAUCCUGUGCGCAGGUGACCCCCCUGGUCCAACUCAUGACCCUUCAGUAACAACUGUUGCCACAGCGGAAAGUGGCGUAACCCAGAUGAGCAGUAAAGCACCAUCCUUUUACAUACUGAAUGGAACUGGAACACCUCAGGUGCCAACAAAUACCAGUGAGGGUGGCGAAGACUCUGGAGCCAAUGAUAGUUUAAGAACACCUGAACAAGGAUCUAAUGGGACUGAUGGAGCAUCUCAAAAAACUCCCAGUGCUACUGGGCCCAGUCCUGUGUUUGACAUUAAAGCUGUUUCCAUCAGUCCAACCAAUGUGAUCUUAACCUGGAAAAGUAACGACUCAGCUGCUUCCGAGUACAAGUAUGUGGUAAAGAAUGAGAUGGAAAAUGAGACAACAGUUACUGUUGUGUAUCGACCGUGGUGUAACAUCACAGGCUUACGUCCUGGAACUUCGUAUGUGUUCUCCAUCACUCCAGCAACAGGCAAUGAGACUUGGGGACAUCCCAGAGUCAUAAAUGUCAUCACAGAGCCGAUUCCAGUUUCUGGUCUCCGUGUUGCCCUCACUGGUGUGAGGCAGGCUACUCUCUCCUGGAGCAAUGGCAAUGGCACUGCCUCCUGCCGGGUGCUUCUUGAAGGCGUUGGAAGCCAUGAGGAGUCGACUCAAGACUUCGCAGUCAAUAUCUCAGGCCUGAAGCCAGGGGUUCAAUACAGCAUCAACCCAUAUCUUCUACAAUCAAAUAAGACAGAGGGAGACCCCCUGGGUACAGAAGGGGGCUUGGAUGCCAGCAACACAGAGAGAAGCCGGGCAGGCAGCCCCACCGCCCCUGUGCACAACGAGUCCCUCCUGGGACCUGCGGACUCAUCCUCCAGCCAGCAGUCCCGAGACACGGAAGUCCUGCUUGUCGAGUUAAAGCCUGGCACCCGAUACAAUGCCACCGUUUAUUCCCAGGCAGUGAAUGGCACAGAAGGACAGCCCCAGACCAUAGAGUUCAGGACAAAUGCUAUUCAGGUUUUUGACGUCACCGUUGUGAAUAUCAGUGCCACAAGCCUGACCCUGACCUGGAAAGUCAGUGAUAAUGAGUCGUCAUCUAACUAUACCUACAAGAUACAUGUGGCGGAGGAGACAGAUUCUUUCAAUCUCACCGUCAGCGAGGCUCGCGCUGUCAUCUCGGGACUCCGCUCAAGCACCUUCUACCGCAUCACAGUGUGUCCUUUCCUAGGUGACACUGAGGGCACACCGGCCUUCCUCCAAGUGUACACUCCCCCUGGUCCAGUUUCCGACUUCCGAGUGACAGUGGUCAGCACGACGGAGAUCGGCUUAGCAUGGAGUAGCCAUGAUGCAGAAUCCUUUCAGAUUCAUAUCAUAUGCAUAUCCUGUGUGCAGGAGGUUGCUUGGGGAGAAAUAACCACCAACCAAAGUAUUAUCAUUGGUAACUUGUUCCCUGGAACCAAGUAUUGCUUUGAAAUAGUUCCAGAAGGACCAAAUGGGACUGAAGGGGUGUCUCGGACAGUUUGCAAUAGAACUGCUCCCAGUGCAGUGUUUGACAUUCACGUGGUCUACGUCACCACCAUGGAGAUGCGGCUGGAGUGGAAGAGCCCAGGCAAUGCUUCCGAGUAUGUCUACCAUUUAGUCAUAGAGUCCAAGCAUGGCUCUAACCACACAAACACAUCUGACAACGUGGUCACUCUCCAGGGCUUGAUCCCGGGCACCUUAUAUAACAUUACCAUCUCUCCGGAAGUGGACCACAUCCCGGGGGACCCCAGCUCCACUACACAGUACACACGGCCCAGCAAUGUGUCCAACAUUGAUGUAAGUACCAGCACCACAGCAGCAACUUUAAGUUGGCAGAACUUUGAUGACGCCUCUCCCACGUACUCCUACUACCUUCUUAUUGAGAAGGUUGGAAAUUCCAGCAACGCAACACAAGUAGUCACGGGCAUUGGAAUUACUAACGCUACUGUCACUGAAUUAAUACCUGGCUCAUCAUACACAGUGGAGAUCUUCACACAAGUAGGGGACAGAAUCAAGUCACUGGAACCUGGCUGGAAGUCAUUCUGUACAGAUCCCGCGUCCGUGGCCUCCUUCGACUGUGAAGUGGUCCCCAAAGAGCCAGCCCUGGUUCUCAAAUGGGCCUGCCCUCCUGGUGCCAAUGCAGGCUUCGAGCUGGAGGUCAGCAGUGGAGCCUGGGACAAUGCAACCCGCCUGGAGAGCUGCUUCUCUGAGAAUGGCACUGAGUAUAGAACGGAAGUCACGUAUUUGAAUUUUUCUACCUCGUACAACAUCAGCAUCACCACUGUGUCCUGUGGAAAGAUGGCAGCCCCCACGCAGAGCACCUGCACCACUGGCAUCACAGAUCCCCCUCCUCCAGAUGGAUCCCCUAAUAUUACAUCUGUCAGUCACAAUUCAGUAAAGGUCAAGUUCAGUGGAUUUGAAGCCAGCCACGGACCCAUCAAAGCCUAUGCUGUCAUUCUCACCACUGGGGAAGCUGGUCACCCUUCUGCAGAUGUCCUGAAAUACACGUAUGAGGAUUUCAAAAAGGGAGCCUCAGAUACUUACGUGACAUACCUGAUCAGAACAGAAGAAAAGGGACGUUCUCAGAGCUUGUCUGAAGUUUUGAAAUAUGAAAUUGAUGUUGGGAAUGAGUCAACCACGCUUGGCUAUUACAAUGGGAAGCUGGAACCUCUGGGCUCCUACCGGGCUUGUGUGGCUGGCUUCACCAACAUUACCUUCCACCCUCAAAACCACGGGCUCAUCGAUGGGGCUGAGAGCUACGUGUCCUUCAGUCGCUACUCAGAUGCUGUUUCCUUGCCCCAGGAUCCAGGUGUCAUCUGUGGAGCAGUUUUUGGCUGUAUCUUUGGUGCCCUGGUUAUUGUGACUGUGGGAGGCUUCAUCUUCUGGAGAAAGAAGAGGAAAGAUGCAAAGAAUAAUGAAGUGUCCUUUUCUCAAAUUAAACCCAAAAAAUCUAAGUUAAUCCGAGUGGAGAAUUUUGAGGCCUACUUCAAGAAGCAGCAAGCCGACUCCAACUGUGGGUUCGCAGAGGAAUAUGAAGAUCUGAAGCUUGUUGGAAUUAGUCAACCUAAAUACGCAGCAGAACUGGCUGAGAAUAGAGGAAAGAAUCGCUAUAAUAAUGUUCUGCCCUAUGAUAUUUCCCGUGUCAAACUUUCGGUCCAGACCCAUUCAACGGACGACUACAUCAAUGCCAACUACAUGCCUGGCUACCACUCCAAGAAAGAUUUUAUUGCCACGCAAGGACCUUUACCGAACACUUUGAAAGAUUUUUGGCGUAUGGUUUGGGAGAAAAAUGUAUAUGCCAUCAUUAUGUUGACCAAAUGUGUUGAACAGGGAAGAACCAAAUGUGAGGAGUAUUGGCCCUCCAAGCAGGCUCAGGACUAUGGAGACAUAACUGUGGCAAUGACAUCAGAAAUUGUUCUUCCGGAAUGGACCAUCAGAGAUUUCACAGUGAAAAACAUCCAGACAAGUGAGAGUCACCCUCUGAGACAGUUCCAUUUCACCUCCUGGCCAGACCACGGUGUUCCCGACACCACUGACCUGCUCAUCAACUUCCGGUACCUCGUUCGUGACUACAUGAAGCAGAGUCCUCCCGAAUCGCCGAUUCUGGUGCAUUGCAGUGCUGGGGUCGGAAGGACGGGCACUUUCAUUGCCAUUGAUCGUCUCAUCUACCAGAUAGAGAAUGAGAACACCGUGGAUGUGUAUGGGAUUGUAUAUGACCUUCGAAUGCAUAGGCCUUUAAUGGUGCAGACAGAGGACCAGUAUGUUUUCCUCAAUCAGUGUGUUUUGGAUAUUGUCAGAUCCCAGAAAGACUCCAAAGUAGAUCUCAUCUACCAGAACACAACUGCAAUGACAAUCUAUGAAAACCUGGCGCCCGUGACCACGUUCGGAAAGACCAAUGGUUACAUCGCCUAAUCCAAAGGAGAAACCUUUCUGGAGUGAACCAGACCGUCGCACCCACAGCGAAGGCACAGGCCCCGAUGUCGACAUGUUUUUAUAUGUCUAAUAUCUUAAUUCUUUGUUCUGUUUUGUGAGAACUAAUUUUGAGGGCAUGAAGCUGCGCGUGACAGAUGACAAAUUGGGGCUGUCGGGGGCUGUGGAUGGGUGGGGAGCAAAUCACCUGCAUUCCUGAUGACCAAUGGGAUGAGGUCACUUUUCUUUUUUUUUUUUUCCCCCUUGAGGAUUGUGGAAAACCAGGAAAAGGGAGCUAUGAUUUUUUUUUCCAAAACAAUUUCUUUUUUAAAAAAGACUAUUUUAUAUGGUUCACAUGCUAAAGCCAGGAUUGUGUUGGGUUGAAUAUAUUUUAAGUAUCAGAGGUCUAUUUUUACCUACUGUAUCUUGGAAUCUAGCCGAUGGAAAAUACCUAAUUGUGGAUGAUGGUUGCGCAGGGAGGGGUACGUGGCGCCUCUUCCGAAUGGGUUUUCUAUUUGAACAUGUGCCUUUUCUGAAUUAUGCUUCCACAGGCAAAACUCAGUAGAGAUCUAUAUUUUUGUACUGAAUCUCAUAAUUGGAAUAUACGGAAUAUUUAAACAGUAGUUUAGCAUCAGAGGUUUGCCUCCUCCGUAACAUUUCUGUUCUCAUUUGAUCAGGGGAGGCCUCUUUGCCCUGACCCCACGUCCCCUGCCCCCUGUACAUUUGUGCUCCAUUUUUUCUUCCUUUUUCCCUCCCAGUUUUCUCCAAAGACUCUUCUGUUGGCAACAUUUUCAGCCCAUUGGUUGGGUGAGAAUGGCGACUCAAAUAUCACCUUGAGAAUUUCUGUGGGUGGGAAUGGGAGAAGCAGAGGAAUCCUACAGUGACAGAAAUCCUUUUCCUGUCCCUGUAUUAUCCUUUUUCUCAUGUCUGUAUUUGGUAUGAAGGAUUAUUUAAAGGUGCAAUAUGUGACUUAGUGAUUCAUGAUGUUCUAGGUUUUUAGUAACGUUUUACUCAGGUUGGCAUUUUAAGUGUCUGUGUCCGUGUGUAUGUGUGUGUGUAUGUUCAGAAGCGUGGCAAUCUGUGAACACUUCAGCGUGAAUUCAGCAUCAGAUGAAUCCCUCCUUCCCCGAAGUCCACUGGCUUUUGUCUCUCUCUGCCGUGACACAUAUCGGAAUCUACUGUAUAUAUAUAUAUAUACUAAGCUCUCAAAAACAGUCAUUCCUAUGAAUUGAGGUGUACAAAGUUUGAAUUUGUAUCAAAGAUGUAAUUAUUAUUUUUAAAACCUCUUUUCACUAUACUGCUGCUGUAAUUACUUUGAUUUUUAAAAUGUAGAUUAAUUUUUUUUUUUUUUUUUUUGCUUCAGGUGUGUGUCCACCAAGAAUUUCAGAAUUUAUGUGGAUUUAUUUUAUUGGUACAUAAUCUGUAAACUUCUUAAGGCAUUAACAUGAAAAGAUUUUCUUCUUCUUUUUUAUUU